AUGGACAAGAUAGCGCUUCUGAGCUUCUUGGACAAUAAGGAGGAGGAAUGUGUCGAUCGCCAUGGAAUCAAGGAGGAAAAGAAGGCGGAGAGCUUUGACACCUUCAUGGCGACGACGGAGAGAAAGAUCAACCUUAAAAAUAAAAAUACAAAGCUCGAAAAAAAAGAGCAAACUCGAAGAGAGGAGGUGUCUUGCACCGUUUCCCGGCGCCCCACGGAAGGCAAGUUUGAGCUUCAACAGAACGUCCCGGCCGUGAUGACGGUGAACGGCUUCCAGGAAGGAGAGGGGGGCGGCGGGCCGGCGGCGUGCGACGGCCAGUACCACAGCGACGACGAGUUCGUGGUGUCGCUGUCCUCGGAGUGGUUCGCAGGCGGGGCCCGGUGCGGCAGGGUAAUCCGCAUCGUCGACCCUUCCAAUUACGGCAUAAACGCCAAGGUCGUCGACGAGUGCGCCGGCUGCGACAACGAAGUGGGCGCCUCAUCCCAUAUCUGGAAGAACUUCGAUCUUGACACCAGCCUCGGUCAGGUGGACAUGAAAUGGUCGGACCUCGACUUCUAA